AUGUUAUCAAGACCCAUCAUCCAACAUCAAAUCAUCAAAUCACUAUUCAAUUCAAAGCGAACAAGUACUUUACUCAAAUCUAACUUUUCUUCAAAAUCUCAAAUCAUUUCAUCUCCAAUCCCACCGACUUCUACUUCAAAUCCUAAUUUACCUAUCAUCGUAGAGGAUUAUCAUGGUGUAUCAGCUCAAUCUAUCUUGGAAGAAAACCAAACUCAAAAACAUGGUACUAUGCGUCAUUUCACAGUCAACUUCGGACCUCAACAUCCUGCAGCGCACGGUGUUUUACGUUUGAUUUUAGAAAUGAAUGGUGAAGAAAUCUUAAGAGCUGAUCCUCAUGUAGGACUUCUUCAUAGAGGUACAGAGAAAUUGAUUGAAUAUAAGAAUUACACUCAAGCUUUACCUUACUUUGAUCGUUUGGAUUAUGUUUCGAUGAUGACCAACGAAUUAUGUUAUUCAAGAGCGGUCGAGAAACUUUUGAACAUUGAAGUUCCUGAUCGUGCUAAAUGGAUUCGUACUCUUUUUGGAGAAAUCACACGAGUACUUAAUCAUCUGAUGGCUGUUCUUACUCAUGCUAUGGAUGUUGGGGCUUUGACUCCUUUUCUUUGGGGUUUUGAAGAACGUGAAAAAUUAAUGGAAUUCUAUGAAAGAGUGUCAGGUGCAAGACUUCAUGCAGCUUAUGUUAGACCAGGUGGUGUAGCCUUUGAUCUGCCACAUGGAUUAUUAGAUGAUAUCUUCACUUGGGCUACUGCUUUCUCUCAUCGAAUUGAUGAAUUUGAAGAAGUCUUAACUGAAAAUCGAAUUUGGAAACAACGUACGAUCGGUAUUGGUAAAGUAACUGUAGCAGAUGCUUUGAAUUAUGGAUUCAGUGGUGUGAUGUUGAGAGGUAGUGGUGUUCCUUGGGAUAUUCGAAAAUCGGAACCUUAUGAUGCUUAUGAUCAAGUUGAAUUUGAUAUUCCGGUGGGUAAAAAUGGAGAUUGCUAUGAUCGUUAUCUAUGUCGAAUUGAAGAAUUCCGACAAUCUUUGAGGAUUAUCCAUCAAUGUCUUAACAAGAUGCCAGCAGGACAGAUCAAAGUAGAUGAUUAUAAACUAACUCCACCACCUCGUGCAUCGAUGAAAGAAUCAAUGGAAGCUUUGAUUCAUCACUUCAAACUUUUCUCCGAAGGUUACAAUGUGCCACCUGGUGAAACUUACUCUGCCAUUGAAGCACCAAAGGGUGAGAUGGGAGUCUAUUUAGUUAGUGAUGGAUCAAAUCGACCUUACCGAUGUCGCAUCCGUGCACCUGGAUUUGCCCAUUUGGCAGGCGCCGAUUUUAUGUCCCGACAUCACUUCUUACCCGAUAUGGUUGCAAUUAUUGGAACAAUGGACUUGGUGUUUGGAGAGGUAAAGAUCACCCAUCCUUUUUUUGCUUGA